AUGGCAAACGAAGGACACUCGUUCUAUACGCCCUCCGGCCCUCCCCACAUCUCGUCGCACUCUCCUCAGAUCGUCGAUGAGUUGAUUAGCAAAUACUCGUCCACCAUGUCCGCGUCAACCAGCUCCUCCCCGGUGGCUUGCUCGUCUGCCAAUACGCGACGCAAUGUCUUGCAGCGGGUGCUGGAUCGCGUCCGUGUCCAAUACUAUCGCUACGAGGUCACCUUCGGACUUUAUGUCAUGACGCCGGGUGAGAAGUUCGUGGCCAACACAUUUGUCCUUGUUUUCCUGUCACUCUUGGUCUGGGCCCUGCUGCUCUACUUCCCCGCCAUGCUCUACCAGAAGCUCAGCCGUCUAAUCUGGCUUCUGACCGGACACGACGACGAUAUGGGAGCCGUGUUGGGAGCGAUCGAGACGGGACUCCAACCUGUUACCUCGGCAUUUCCAGCGGCCAUCACGGCCGGGGCUUCCUGA